AUGCUGUUCUCUCUGCGGGAGCUGGUCCAGUGGCUGGGCUUCGCCACCUUCGAGAUGUUCCUGCACCUGCUUGCGCUGACAGUGUUCAGCCUGCUGGUGGCGCUCAAGGCGGACGGGUUUGCGCGGCUCAGCUGGUGGGUGGUGUUCGCGCCCCUGUUCUCCGCGGACGGCCUCAGCACCUACUUCACGGCCAUCGUGUCGGUCCGGCUGUGCCAGGAGGGGGAGAAGCGUCUGGCAGUGCUGCGGCUGUUCUGGGUGGUCACCGUGCUCAGCCUCAAGUUCGUCUGCGAGAUUCUUCUGUGCCAGAAGCUGCAGGAGCGGUCCCGGGAGCUCUGGUUCGGUCUCAUCGUCUCUCCCGUCUUCAUCCUGCUGCAGCUUCUCAUGAUCCGAGCCUGCCGGGUCAACUGAGGGGCGCCGAGCAGAGCCGUGUGACCCUCUGUGAGCCCUUCUUCAUCAUGUGACUCUUCAGAGUGAGCCCCUCUUCAUCAUGUGACUCUUCAGAGUGAGCCCCUCUUCAUCAUGUGACUCUUCAGAGUGAGCCCCUCUUCAUCAUGUGACUCUUCAGAGUGAGGCCCCUUCAUCAUUCUGAACUGUGAUUAUUAAGCCAGGGAUUUCACGAAUGUCAAACGUGGGGAAUGGAAUUGAGAAGAUCAGUGGGAAUGUGGGUCUGUCUGUACAAACUGGCUCUUUACAUGGAAACUGUUUCAUCACUGAUGUGUUUUUUUUUAUUUUGUAAAUACACCCGAGAUUAAAUCUUUAUACUCUGUACUCUGUCCAGUGUCUGUCAAAUAAAUACAGAACAGCUCUGUCCAGUC